AUGGAGAAUAAGGGCGGCAGCCGGUCGGAGAGGAGGAAGCGCGCCAAGCGGGACGGCGGGAAGGUUCUUCAAGAAUAUGGAAGCAAGAUGAUGGACCUAUGCAAGAAGAUAGUUUACAUCCUUCUAAAGUGUUUAGGAGAUGGCCUCGAGACUAAAUACUACGAAUCGGAGUUCGGUCAGUGCCACGGAUAUCUUCGGAUCAAUCACUACACACCACCAAAUGAUAUCGAUGGAGUAGAAGGUGUCGAAGGGCUUGGAAUGCACACUGACAUGAGCUGCAUAACAAUUUUGUACCAAGAUGAGACUGGUGGGCUUCAAGCAAGAACUCAAGAAGGGGGUUGGGUGGAGAUCGAGGGAAGCGAGGGGGCUCUCAUCGUGAACGUCGGAGAUUUGAUGCAGGCGUGGACCAACGGUCGUAUGCGAUCGUCCGCGCAUAGGGCGGUCUUAAGGAAACCGACCACCUGCUUAUCUUUCGCCUUUUUUUGGUGCUUUGAAGAUGAGAAGUUAGUACUUGCACCUGAUGAAGUCAUCGGAGAGGAGGAACGGAGAAUUUACCGGCCUUUUCUCUGCAAGGAUUACAUGAAAUUCAGGCAUAAUAUUGAGAAAGGGAGGUUUGAGAAAGUUAGCUACACUAUCGAUGGGUUCGCGGAGGGUGAUGCUUUAGAUUCUAAUGAAAAGAUUGAGAAAUAAUGGGAAAUUAUUUGCUAUUUAUGCUGCAUUUGUGUAA